UGCAAAGAGAAUGAUUGUAUUUCAUAGAUCGAGUGGAGUGAGUGUUCUCCCUCCAAGUUGAGAGGUUAGCAAAAGAAAGUGUUUCUUUCAAGUUUUGGGUACGUACAUACUUCAUUUCCCCAACACAUUUUCCAUCUCCAUCGAUCUCCAGCCAGUCAGCCACACACACACACACACACACACACACACACACACACAUAUAUAUAUAUUCACACAAUCAAAUGGAGAGAAGUACUUGGUUCUUCCUGGUGGUAUACUACUACUGUUGUAUGGCUAGCUUAACCACGGCAGCACAAACCAAAAUCAGCACAGACCAGUAUGCUCUUCUUGCUUUCAAAUCCCGUAUCACCGAUGACCCUCAAAACAAGAUCUUGUCCAACUGGUCAACCACCACUCAAAUCUGCAACUGGGCUGGUGUCACUUGUGGUGCAGGCCAUUAUCGAGUCACAAACUUGAAUAUCUCUUACCUUGGUCUUACAGGCACCAUUGCUCCCGAACUAGGCAACCUAUCAUUUCUUGUUGAUCUGGACUUCACAAAUAACAGCUUCCACGGUUCCUUGCCCCAGGAAUUGGCUAGUUUGCAGCGAUUGAAGUUCAUUAGUUUCAGAUUCAACAAUUUUAUGGGUAUCAUCCCAUCAUGGCUUGGGUCUUUAUCCAAACUUCAAACAAUUGAUUUGUACAGUAAUAAAUUUUCAGGUUCCUUACCCGCUGCCAUGUUCAACUUAUCUGCACUCCAAAUAAUUGAUCUAAGAUACAACUACCUAUCAGGUAGCAUACCAAGAGAAAUUAAAAACUCAACUAUGUUGAAGGAGAUAUACCUUGAUUAUAACAAGUUCAAAGAACUUCCAAACGAAAUUGGCAGUUUGGAUAAGCUGGAGAAGUUGUGGGUGCAAUUCAACUCUCUUCAAGGGCAUGUUCCUGUCGCUUUCUUCAACAUGUCUUAUUUGACUACUUUGACUCUAGAUGGCAACAACUUGAGUGGUAGUCUUAUUGACAAUAUACAUCUUCCGAGCAUUGAAGUGUUGUCGUUGUCGGGCAACAAUUUUGACAGCCUAAUUCCAUCCACAUCAUGGGAGUGCAAACAGCUUCUCUAUUUAUCAUUGAAGAGCAACCAUUUCAGUGGAAGCAUAUCCAAGAAUAUCGGCAACUUAACCAAUAUAAAGAUUAUUUUGCUCGGCUACAACAAUCUGACAGGUACUAUACCACCAGAGAUAAGUCAUCUUCCAAAUUUAAAUGAAUUGGGCCUCGGUGUUAAUAAUCUCAAUGGCAUCAUCCCACUCUCAAUCUUCAAUAUGUCCACAUUGAGAAUAAUGAGGCUUGUCAGUAAUCAGCUCUCAGGCAGGCUUCCAACAAACAUAGGCCUUGGGCUUCCAAACGUACAAAGUCUCUUUCUAGGAGAUAAUAAACUGAGUGGAGUGGUCCCCAAAUCCAUCUCCAAUAUUUCAGAGAUCAUAACAUUAGACCUGAUCGAUAACUCCUUUUCUGGCUUUAUUCCUAGCCAGCUUUGUGCCUUAACAAAGCUUCAGCUACUUAAAUUAGGCUGGAAUAAUUUGACAAUUGAUUCUUCUACUCAACAAGAUAAUCUGCUCUCUUGUUUGGCCAAUCUUAGAUAUUUGACGGAAUUAACCUUAUCAGACAAUCCAUUAAAUGCCAACCUUCCCAUUUCCUUUAGGAAUCUGUCUAUAUCCCUUCAAAUUAUUAGAUUAGGUCAAUGCAACAUGAGAGGUAACAUUCCCAAUGAUAUUGGCAACUUGAGCAGCUUGAUCCGCCUAGAAUUGGAAAACAAUCAAUUGAGUGGACCAAUUCCAACCUCAGUGGGAGGACUACAGAAUCUCCAAGGUAUGUACUUGAGUUAUAACAAAUUCCAAGGACACAUCCUGGAUGAACUUUGUCAGCUGGAAAACCUAAAUGCAUUACUUUUGGGUGGUAAUCAACUUAUUGGUUCCAUACCUUCAUGCUUGGGCAAUUUAACCAAAGCUCUAAGAUUUCUAUCUCUAAGUUUCAAUCUGUUGAAUUCCACAAUACCAUCUACCUUGUGGGCACUCACUGAUAUCUUGAAUUUAAACUUGUCAUCCAAUUCCCUAACUGGACGUCUCUCAGAUCGUAUUGAUAAUUUGAAGGUUGUGGAGGUCAUAGACUUAUCAAACAACCAAUUAUCCGAUAGUAUACCAAGCACCAUUGGGGGUCUCCAAGCAUUGAUGUGGCUCUUCUUGAAAAAUAAUGGUUUUGAAGGUCCUAUUCCUAGUUCAUUUGGCGAGUUGCUAAGCCUGGAAAUCUGUGAUCUAUCGAAGAACAAUAUGUCAGGAAUAAUUCCAAAGUCUCUUGAAGCCCUCUCAUAUCUCCGGUAUCUAAAUCUUUCUUUCAACAGACUCCAAGGGGAAAUUCCAACAGGUGGAACUUUCUUGAACCUCUCUGACCAAUCAUUUUUAUCAAAUGAAGGACUAUGUGGUGCACCACGAUUUCAUGUUCCAUCAUGCAAAAGGAAAGGUGAAAGAUCUAUCCUCCUGGGGUUGAAAUAUAUUAUUCCAGGGAUCAUAUCAGCACUACUCCUAGUGUCCCUUGUAUUGAUUUUGAUCUUACGCAGAAAAAGAAAGGCAGAAGUUGCAAGGGAGACUACAUUAUCACCUCAACUUCAAGAGGAUACCUUGUUUCCUCAACUUCAAGAGUCUACCUUGUUACCUCAACGGAAGUGGAGGAGAGUAUCAUACCAAGAACUUCUAAGUGCGACCAAUCGAUUCGAUGAAUGCAACUUACUGGGCACUGGGGCUUUUGGCACGGUGUAUAGAGGAACACUUUCAGAUGGGAUAAAUGUUGCCAUCAAGGUUUUUAAGCUCGAGUUGGAGAGGGCAUUUAGAAGUUUUGAGCUUGAAUGUGAAGUCCUAAGCAACAUUUGUCACCGAAAUCUUAUCAAAGUCAUCAGUUGCUGCAGUCAAAUUGAUUUCAAAGCCAUUAUAUUGGAUUACAUGCCUAAUGGGAGCCUUGAGAAGUGGUUGUACUCUCCCAACUUUUCUUUUAACGUCCUGCAGAGGUUGAACAUAAUGAUUGAUGUUGCAUCGGCAUUUCAGUACCUUCAUCACGGUUAUGAUACACCUAUUGUCCAUUGCGAUUUGAAGCCAAGCAACAUCCUACUAGAUGAUGAUAUGGUUGCAUAUGUUUCUGAUUUUGGCAUUGCAAAAGUCCUAGGUGGAGAAGAUUCCAUGACUCAAACCCUGACCUUAGCCACAGUUGGGUAUAUAGCGCCAGAGUACGGAUUGGAAGGAAUAGUCACCAGAAGAGGGGAUGUGUACAGUUUUGGUAUUCUUCUUUUGGAAACAUUCACAAAGAGAAAGCCAACAGAUGAGAUGUUUGAUGGGGAGAUGAGUCUAAAGCAAUGGGUUGAAAAUGCACUAUUAGCAGAUGCAAUAGUUGAAGUUGUUGAUGUCACUUUACUUGGGAUUGAGGAAGAUCAUGCUUUUGUGAGCAAGAGGGAGUGUAUAUCAGCCAUUAUGAGAUUAGCUCUUGCUUGUUGUGCAGAAUCACCGGAAGAGAGGAUAAAUAUGCAAGAGGCUCUAGCCGCUCUUGACAAAAUCAGGAACAAGUUUUUGAUGGAUGCCGCAGGAGGUGUGGUGAAGAAGCAACAUUUUGUUCGGCAGCCUAUUGAUUGAUGUGUUAUUGCAUGGCCUUUGAUUCAGUCUGUAAUUGAUGCAUUUGUAUGAUUGUGUGACUCUGCUUCUUGAGGUCAUUGGUUGGUAUUCAACAAUAACUCGGGACUUCCAUCUAGCUAUUUUCAUUUUGGAGUUUGUAAUUUGCAUUUUCUACAAUAAUAAACAUUGGUUUUCUUUCA